GGGUGAUGCUGUUCUCCAUUCACUGGGAAUGUAUUGACUGAGGAUCCAACUCUCAGCCUUCCAGCUGGACCCUGCUGCUGCUCUGCUCACUGCGUGGGGUUUAAACCAGGACACAAACACACCUGACGGUUGAGCUCUCCCUGGCUGCUGUUUCACUGACCAGUCUUCUUCUAAAACCAUGAGUGUCUUCCUCCUGCUUUGCCUGCUGGCGCUAGGCAAUGCCAAACCCUACCAGCCAAUCAAUGUCAUGGACUUCAUGAAAAACUAUGACAUCAUGAUGGCUGACAGGGGUGAUGAUGAUGACGACGAUGACGACAAUGACGACGAUGACGAUGAUGACGACGACUAUGAUGAUGACGAUUGUCCGGCUGGUUGCCAUUGCUCACCCCGAGUGGUGCAGUGCUCCGACCAGGGUCAAAUCUCUGUUCCAGAGAAGAUUCCUGAAGACACUGUGAUCCUAGACCUCCAAAACAACGAUAUCACUGAGAUCAAGGAGGAUGACUUUAAAGGCCUCAACAAGCUUUAUGGCCUGUUUCUGAUCAACAACAAGAUCUCUAAGAUUCACCCCAAGGCCUUCAGAAACAUGAACAAUCUGAGACUGCUGUACCUCUCCUACAACCUGCUGACUGAGAUCCCUGCAAACCUGCCUCCCAAUGUCAUCGAGCUCCGCUUCCAUGAAAACAAGAUCAACAGAAUCCAGAAGGAUGCAUUUAAAGGCCUGAGGAAACUCCAUGUGCUGGAGCUGGGUGCCAACCCUCUGGCCAACAGUGGGAUUGAGCUGGGAGCUUUUAACGGCUUGUCAACCCUGUAUGUCGGCAUAGCAGAGGCCAAACUAACUGCUGUACCAAAAGACUUCCCAUCCUCCAUCACAGAGCUGAGCCUGGACUACAACAAGAUCUCUAAGGUGGAAGUAGAAGACUUCAUCAGAUAUAAAAAUUUGCAGAGGCUAAGACUGGGUUUUAACCAGAUCAAGUUUGUAGAAAAUGGCAGCUUUGUCAGCAUCCCGAACAUCCGUGAGAUCCACCUGGACAACAACCGUAUGAAAAAGGUCCCACCAGGCCUCAGCUCCCUGCGCUACCUCCAGGUCAUUUUCCUCCAUGGCAACAAAAUCAGUAGUGUGGGAGUCAAUGACUUCUGUCCCAUCAACCCCAGUAUCAAGAAGAACCUGUACACUGGCAUCAGUCUGUUUGCCAAUCCUGUUAAAUACUGGGACAUCCAGCCUGCCACCUUUCGCUGUGUGACUGGACGGAGGGGCGUUCAGCUUGGAAACUUCAGAAAGUAGAAGUCGGGAGUGAAAACUAUGCGUUCCAGACAGUUCAGAAAUCAAGACUUGCCAAUAUCAUCGUUACAGUAUAAGGAAGGAGCUGGAAAUAACUCUGAUAGAUAAAACAAGAUGAAACUGCAUUUCUAAAGUGUUAGCUAUUCAGGAAAUGAGAGAAAAUGUCAUUAUAUUGGUGUAUAGAAACUGUAGUACAUGCUGUUGAAUGGUGGUACAAGUUACACACAAGCUCUCAGCCUGGAGAAAAAAACAAAACAAAAAACAAAACUGUAUUCUGAAUGAUGGGCUGUUUAAUCAUAAGCUAACACUAAGACAACGUUAACAGUCAGUAUACAGGGAGUGGCCAUAAUAACACGAACAGCUGUACAUUAUAAUGAAAUUCAACACCAGAGCCCACCUUUGUGAGGUGCAUUAAGACGAUCCUUUUCUUUUGUCACUCAACCUUUGCUGUGUAUACUUUCCCAGGAAUAAAGCACCUCCAUCUGGUCACUUUGAGUAAAACCACCUAGUGACUUGACUUGAGUAGCAUUACAAGCUGAUGCCUUUUUAACAAAAGAGAUCCUUUUUAGUUUUUUCCCUUCUAGUUUAAAAAUAAGAACACUUUAAAUGAGAUACAGCAGAAAAUUACAGAGUUGAAGUUGUCUUUGUAACACUUCUAAAUAACAAACAAAAUAGACUUUGCCCUCCUUUGUCAUUUCUUUAAAUAUUUAUGCCUUUUUUAAGGUUUUUUUAAAGACGUUGAACUGAUCAUAGAGAGUCAUCAUAUGUCAGAGCUCGAACACAACAGGAGCUUAACCUUUUCCUCCCAGCAGAAGUCUGUACAGGCAAUGAAUGAUGAUGGCAUUAUUAAGUGCAAUAAGUCACUUUGAAGCCCGAUGUUUGUCUUUAUGUGGAUGUUUUAUAUUAUCUCACUGCAUGUUUGUAUUGUCUUUAUUUAGAAACUGAAAGCUACAUGUGAGACUGGAUUAUACAUUGUCCUUGAUGUAAACCCAAAACGUCACAUUGUUUUAAUGAAAUAUUGCAACCAAUUGAACUACAGUUAUCAUUGAAAUUAUAAGCAGGUAAUGUUGAUUCAGGAAUGUCUCAGAACAUCUCUUCCUUACAAAAAUGUUCCUGUCUCCACCAGUGAUCUCUCCUCUGAAAUGGUGCUAUAUUUAUUUAGUAUGUCUUCAAAUAAAACCUGGAACA